CACAAUUUUUAACAAUAUUGUUUUUACGAGUACAUAAUUUAAAAAUCUUUAUACAAAAACUUCAUUAUUAUAUAUUAAAAUAUUUUCCAAAGUAAAUUAUAGUAAGAAUAGCUUCCGAAAAAAACAGAAUUUCAGAGGAAACAAAUUGUAAUAAAUUUUCCUGAUCUGAAACAGGAAAUUUGAUUUAGCACCUCCUAUGCGAAGUUAAAAGGAUGCAUUUUUAUAAAUAAAUUCAAAUUGCAAUACUUUACAUAAAGAAAUAUAUAUACAUACAUAUAUAUAAUAAUAAAUAAAAUGUUUUCGUUUCAUAAGCCAAGAGUGUAUAGAAGUACGGAAGGAUGCUGCAUUUGCAGAGCUAAGUCUAGCAGUUCUAGAUUCACCGAUUCAAAAAAAUAUGAAGGAGAUUCUGUAAAAUGCUUUAAUUUAGACAAACCUAGACAAGGUGAGAUUUGUAAUGCCUGUGUUUUAUUAGUGAAAAGAUACAAAAGGCUGCCAGUUGGAAGUAAUCGGCAUUGGGGUCAUGUUGUUGAUGCUAGAGUUGGACCAGGCAUGAAAUCUAUGACAAAGUUCAAAAAGCUUCGUGAAGAAAAUGAAAAGGUUGAUGCCAAAGCCCAGAAAAGCAACCUUCCGGAAAAAUUUUCUAAAAUAUUUAAAAAGAAGAGGCAUUUAAAUAAAAAUGAUUUUGCGGUUGUAGCUGAUAACGAUUGUGUUUCUGCAUAUUGGGGACAGGAUGAACAGUCCUUAUCUCCUACAUCUAAUCAAAUAAAUAUAAGUUUUGAAGAGCUGCAAAAUAAAAAAUUUCAGAAAAAGGUCAACAGAAGAAAAUCUCUCAAGCCAAAAAAAAAUUUAUCGUUAAAAAAUUUUAGUUUUAUAGACGAAAAUCUAUGGCAAGUGCGUAAAAUAUGUUGUGGUUUUGCUUAUGAAAAUUCCAAUAUAAAUGCUAUUAUUAUUGAUCUUGAAAAUUAUCAACCAUGUCCAGAACACAAUACUUCAAUCAAAAUAAAAUGCAAUAUUUUACAAAAGCAAAAUAAGUCUGAUAACGAUACAUAUGUAAAUAAAGCAUUAAGUGAGCAACUAACUCCUGGAAUAAAUGGUGUAUUAUUAAAAAAACAUAGUCUUUUUCUUAAAAGACAGGCAGAAAAUUAUUCUUUAGAAACUGAAUAUGGGCAAAAGACUGAUACGGAAAUCUUAUCUGCUCAAGGUUUAAUUAAAGAAAAAGACCCUUCAGCUACUUAUAAGAUUGCUAUGAUGCACAAACUCAAGUCUGAUACCGGAAAAAUAAUAAAAACUUCAAUAAACAAAAUGAAUUUAUCUGUUCGUUUGACUUCUAAUGAAAUCAAAGACAUAAAAAAUUCAAUAGACCCCGCAAAUUUUAAAACAGUGGAUGUCAAUAAAAUGACCUUAAAUCAAACUCAUAAUGUUCCAGAUCCAUCUGCAUCGAAAUUUAGUGAUAAUUCGUCUGAUUCCGGUUUCGAUGAAAAUAUGAUAGACAGAAAAUCUGCCAGCCCUUUGGGUGACCAUGCAGACAAGGAUAAAAAACAAGAUAUCCGUGCAGCACAAAAAAUGUAUUUGGCAAAUGGGAUUUAUGUACAAGGACAAAAACAGAAUUUAAUGUUGACUGGAAACGAGGUCACCACGAAAAUUUUACAAAGACGGCUUUCCCACGUCAACAGUCAAAAAUUUUGAUUUAUCCAAACAAAGCACAGGAUCUCAAAAAACUCGUGCAAUAUACAAUCAUAUGUAGAUGAAAUGAAAAGACAUAUUUACUCAUCUUCCGAUCAAACGUUUAAGUCUGAAGACAUUUUGAAAUUAAAUUUUUAAUUUUAACAACGAUGUUAUGUUCAAUAAAAGUAGUCUAGCAUAUUUUUAAGUAAUUUUCAUCAAUUUACAUCAUUAAUAAAAUAGUAAGAUAGUAAAAUUUGAUGCUAAAAUCUUUUUGUACUCAGUAUUUUUUUUUGUAACAAAAUACAAUUAAUGUUACUUAAAAAAAAUAAUACUAUAUUUA